AUGAAGGAUAUUCUGGAAGAAAUGCUCAAAAAACUGAAUAAGGAUGAGAUGAUUGAAUUGGCAGUGGUAUUAUGGAAAAUAUGGAGAAGAAAUGAAUUUAUUUUUAAAGGAAAUGUAAUAUCUCCAAACUCAGUGAUGUUCCUUGUUAAGCAGCUACUGCAAGAGCUCAAGCUAUCUGAAACAAAGGUAACCAUCAACCAAAUUCCUUCUAACUCAGUUGUUACAAUCUGGGAAAGGCCUCCACCAGGGUUCUACAAGAUUAAUUGGGAUGUUGGGGUAGAUACAAUUCACUGUAAAAUAGGAAUAGGGGUAGUGGUUACAGAUGAAGAAGCAAAUAUUUUGGCUACCAUGAGAAAGAGACAAGACUUAUUUCCAGAUCCUCUUACAGCAGAAGCGUAUGCAGCCCUUAAAGUAUCCAUUUUUGGUUUUGAAUUAGGCUUGAGGAAAAUUAUCUUGGAGGGAGAUUCCAAAAAGGUUGUGAUGGCAGUGCAGAAUCAAUCACUGGAUGAUACUUACUUUGGUAUGUUAAUUUCUGAUAUUAGAGCCAAGAUGCAUUGCUAUGAAGAGAGUUCUAUUAACCACAUCAAAAGAGAAGGGAAUUUAGUUGCACAUGCACUAGGGAAGAAUGCCUUAAAUGUGGAUGAAUGUAUUGUGAAGAUAGACAGUGUAAAAUGUCUCUGUUAUAGAGAAGUUUAUUAA